ACGCACAUUUCGACACCAUGAAUCGUCUCAAGCUCUUUGGCCGCGACAAACCCAAGCUUACCAAGGUCGUCUCAGGCACAGACGCGCCAGGCGUUGGCAUCGACGAGGACAUGUCCAAUCUCCCACCACCCAUAUUCGCCCCAAAUCCACACCAUUAUGGCGAGGAGACUCUCUCUGGCCGUGCCUCUUCGGACUCCUACUGGGAACCCGCAUCCCAAGCAUAUGAUGAUCCCUACGCUAUGCCCGGCAACGGCGCCUACGCACCGCCCAUAUCUUCCUCCCAGCCCCCAUCAUCCCAGAACUCUUUCUCUUCUGUACCACUAGGUCCCACCUCUGCCGCCUCUUCCCCCGCCUCCGCUCCAGCUGCACCUCAGGUCCAGGGCCCAGGAACAGCUCCGACACCUCCCCCCGCCGCAGUGACAGCCGUCGCUGCAGUCGCCAUGGCACGCUCCCCGUCCCCGUUCAGCAAUCUCUCCAACAACACCUCCGUCACGCCCUCCCAGCGCACAGCCCGCCCCGAUCGCAGCGACAGCGCCGCCACGCACCCAAACGCGCGCAAACGCUCACCGCCCUCUGCCUCGGGUCCCGCUGCGCUCGGCAUCCUCAAGGCCCUCGACCCGCACCACCAAGAGGCACACGGCGGGCACAUUCAGCAUCAGCACUCGGUCGGCGAUCUGUCCGAGGACUCGCAUCACACUGUGCCUGUGCAUGCGCCGACGCAUGGCCAGACGCCGUCGGUGGAGCUUAUUGGCUCCAAGGAUCGCAAGGAGCGCAAAGGGUGGCUGGAUGGGAUGCUGCGGGAUCGCGAUAGGGACAGAGAUAGAGACAGAGAUCGGGAGAGAGUGAGAGAGGGCGGGAAGGGCAAUGCGUCGGUGAGAGAGCGCAGAGAGGAGGAUCAGUCGCAUGAGAUUACGCGCAUGAUAGGAUAUUUAACUGCGACUGCGUCGGAGGACUGGUCGCUCGUGCUCGAGGUGUGCGAGCGUGCGUCAGCGAACGAGACGAAUGCCAAGGAGGCGGUCAAGGCGCUCCGACGAGAGUUCAAAUAUGCCGAGCCGUCUGCACAACUUUCGGCCGCACGCCUGUGGGCGAUUAUGCUUCGAAACGCGUCUGAAACGCUUCUCAGUCAAAUCUCGUCACGCAAGUUUAUUGAAACGCUGGAGGAUGUGUUGACGUCAACACGUACCUCCCCCGUCGUCCGCGAACGGCUGAUGGAGGUUCUGGCCGCCGCAGCGUAUAUCUUUUCUUCUCGAAGUCACAAUGUCUCCAAGGAACGGGAUAAAGAUGGUUUCCGUCAGUUGUGGGCGAGGCUCAAGCCUGCCGACAAACCCGACGGAGGCAUCCCUUUCGACAACGAAGAUGUCAUGUUCAGCCCACCUAUGAUGAACGCACCAUCACAACAAUGGCAGUAUUCGCAGGAUUCAUUGCCGUCCUCAGUCCCUGAUCAUCAGCAUCAUCAACACCAAGGGACGCCACCCUCUACCGCACCUCUGUCGCGUUCACCUACGAUGCCCAUACAAUCGCCACCACGCAAAAAAUCGCCACGUGGAUCUCGGAGCCAGAACCAUAUUAUACCACCAGAUGAAGACAUCCGGCGGCUGUUCCAGGAGUGCAAGAUUGCGCGUGGCAACGCAAAUCUGCUCGCGAGCAACCUGCUGAAUGCCCUCCCAGAGGACAUCGAGCUACCAAUCAAUCGGGAAUUCUACCAAAAGUGCCGUCUCUCGCAGGAGCUCAUCUAUACCCAGAUCCCGUGGGCUUCUGCGGGUGCCGAGCGGUCGCGCGCCGAGGCGCUGAAUGGGCGGAGCCGCUCGGGGCAGAACGGCGUGAAUGCGGGGUCUGACGGGGGCCAGCAGGCUGAUAUGACUAUUGAGGAGCGGCUGUUGGAGGAGUUGUUGGCGGCGAACAGCGCGUUGUUGGAGGUGUUGAGGAUGUAUGAUGAUUAUGCGCGGCUUGUGUCGGAGAGGCAUGUGGAGGAGAGGAGCAAGCGAGAGGUGAGGCAUGAUCCUAGGCAGCAGCAGCCGGCGAACGGCGAGCAUUCUGCUCAGGAUGAUGCCAGACCAUCGCACGUGCCACCUCCGGUACCACCACGCACGCCGUCACCAUCCCCGCCGGGCUCGCCCUCGCCGCGACAAGCGUAUGGGCUGCCAGCGGUGCACCCGAACGCGGCGCACCCGUUGCCGAUGCCGCCGAAUGUACCGAACGUGGCGUCGCCGAUGCCGCAUCACCCGCCGGUGCACUACCCGGUGUCGCCGCCGACGCAGACGACGACGCCGACGAUGCUCGCGCCGCCGAUGCAGGCGCACCCGAUUGGGCCGCGGUCGCCGAUGCAGCAGCAGCAGCUGGCGCAUUCGCGCUCGCCGUCGCUUGAGAAGGUGCUGGCUGUUACGAGGCCGGUGCGGUCGGAGAGCUUGGAUAAUGGGGUGAUGAUGCAAAAGAGCCCGCCGAUGCUGCAGCAGACGUAUGUGCCGGCGUAUGUAUCAGGGGCGGGGGCAGGAGCGCAUCCAUCGGUGUUGCAGCCGGGGUAUUACGAUGUGCCGGAGGCGAUGGAGCGGUUGAGGGUGAAUGGGGAGGAGGGCGAGGUGGGGUACGAUAUGCCGUAUCGGCCGAGCGAGAAGGCGUUGGGGAAGCGGAGGGUUGUCGAGGAUCCGGAAGACUAUGCAACGAACAACGACCCAUAUUCGAACGGCAGAGACGCGUACAACAGACGGGAGUCGUUCUCGGAUUCAGACUCGGACAAUGUGGGGCUUGUGCCGCGAGCAAAGCCGCAUUUUGUGUACGAUGCGGCUGCGGAGCGGACGGCACAGCGACUACGGAAUGGGCGGGUGAGCAUGCUCGUCAACGGCGUGCACUGAUCCCUCGCUUGGUUGCUUGUAUAUAGUCGCACAUCUACACGCCCUUUCUAUGCUCGGUGCGGUCUCUUGGUCGGCGCGUUAAACCGAGAGCUGCGAUUGUUGUACCAUACUGUUGAUGUUUUCCAGGUUGCUCACUAGUCGGUCCCCACGUUUCGUGUUGUCUCACAUCGUCCUAUUACAUACUGUCAUUCAUAUCCUAGUAGUAUUUAUUACGCAUUAACGCAUGAUGCAUGGGGAUUUUGUUGACUUGAAAAUUGAGGACAAAUAAUGUGCCAGAAGAGGAAUGGACAAGGUUGAGUUGGCUGGACACAAGCACCCACUGCUUCAACACCGCUCUUCCGACUCACCACCACCACCGACACUUUCUUUUCCUCCUCUCCUCU